AGGUGGGGGAGCCUGCCAGUUGCCAUCAAGACUUGGGGGAAGGUGGUCGCUCCUCUCCCGCUGGAGUUUGUGAGAGAAUUGAGUUUAGAACUUUAAACUGAAAUUAUACACCUGGAACAUGAAUGCUAAAUUAUGAUCUAACGUAGCGUAAAUUUUGUGGUGGUUCAUAGUGAUUGGGUAGGUUCAGUUUUUACAGUGGGAGAGUGAGUUUAAUGCCAACAAUGACGACCAUUGGAAGGCUGUGGAGACAAUAUAUUCCAGCCAGAGUGAGCGAGCUGCUGGCCGUCGUCAGUCUGACGUCCACCUGCAUGUUGUUCCUACACACCAGCCACCUGCAGGCCCAGCUGGCGGUCUACACCAACCAUCUAGACCAGACAACGGGGCCACACAACCAACAUCACGACGGCCUCAGCGACACGCUAGACCGCAGCGCCAGUGCAAGCGGCGGACAUGAUCAACACUACUCCCCACAGAAACUUAAAUUUGGUGGCUUCAAUUUGGAGGAAUUUCGAAAUAUUGACCCCAUGAGUCUGAACAACACUGUGAACCACCACAAGUUAACUUUGGUGUUUAACCGCGUGCCCAAAGUGGGCAGCCAGAGUACUAUGGAACUGCUGCGUACUCUCAGUUACAGGAACGGCUUCACUUUCCACAAGGACCGCCCGCAGAAGGUGGAGAAUAUUAAACUCACAGAGAGAGAACAGAGACGGUUGGUGCAGCUGGUGGACGUGUUCAGACCCCCGUCCGUUUACGUCAAACACGUGUGCUACAUCAACUUUACAAUAUUCAACAUGACACAGCCACUGUAUGUAAACAUGGUGAGGGACCCCGUGGAGCGAGUCAUCUCCUGGUACUACUACGUUAGAGCUCCUUGGUACUUCGUGGAGCGCAAGCAGGCCUUCCCAGAGCUGCCUCUGCCCUCAGCUGCCUGGCUUCGUAAGGACUAUGAGACGUGUGUCCUGACGGGGGACAAAGAGUGUCAGUACCGGGAAGGAGAUGAGCGCCCGGACUUUGCACAGCUUACUGAAUUCUUCUGUGGCCAAGAGAAGAAAUGCACAGGCUUCAAUACAGACUAUGCGCUGCAGAAAGCUAAAGAGAACGUUGAGAGGAACUAUGCUGUAGUUGGGGUUCUUGAGGACCUCAACACCACCCUGACCGUCCUCGAACACUAUGUUCCCAGGUUCUUCAAGGGAGCCAAGCACCUCUACUGGAACGAGGUUCAGAAAUUCAAUAAAAUCAACCGGAAUAUCUACAAGCCACCUGUUGCAGAGAACAUCAAAGACAUUGUGAGGAAAAACUUCACCAGAGAAAUCGAGUUUUAUGAGUUUUGUAAAAGACGCUUAUAUAUGCAGUACGCCGCCCUAAAUCUUCCAGAGACUCAACCUACACAACCCUAAAACGCCCAGAGACAAGCUAUGCUACCUAGAACUUCCAGAGACUUAAGCUAUGCUACCUGAAACUUCCAGACACACUUUAGGUACACCACCCUAAAGUCUUCAAAGACUUUAGCUACACCAUCCCGAAGCUUCCAGAGACUAGCCAUGCCAUCCAAUUGCUUUUAGCGACACUAGGUAUUCCCCAAAAGCUCCCAGACACACUAGAUGCGGCUCCAAAAACUUCCAGAGACUUUAGGUGUUAUCCUAAAGCCUCUACACGCCACUUUAGGCAUGCCAUCCUAAAAUUUCUUGAUAUGCUUUACAUACGGCUCUCUAAAAGCUUUCGAACCACUCCGUAUACUCCGUCCAAAAUCUUCCAGAGGUGCUAAACACACUACCCUAAAAUAUAAGUGUGUGGCGCUAUGAACCUUCCCGAGACACAUUAGGUAUGUCCCCUCAAGCUUCCAGAGACACUUUAAUAGUAGUGCAGCAUUUUACAGCAACUUAGCAUAUCUGAAGAUUAUACGAUAAUGUAUCUCCUGAGACUGAUGGAUGCCUACUAUUUAUCUUACAUUGCAACAUUUUGCUAUUAAAUUGCGUCUGCGCCAUUUUUAUACAGAUAUGGAAAUAAUUUAGCAUAUUAAAUACUGUACAACUUACUGCAGUAAAACAGUAUAAUAAUAUGUACGUGGUUAAAUUAACACUUUUGUAAUUUAAACUUUAUACAAGAAAUAAAACUAUUGCUAGGUUAGACGAGGUAAGGUAGAGACUAAACACUUCAGACUCUUUGUCUGAAGUGUUUGGUCUAACAUGUCCAGUGUGUUAGUUGAUAGAAUGUUUUUGUGAUAUGUUGUCGAUACAUCAAUGAAGAACGAACCUAAUAUUAUUCAUUCAAAAUUCAUGAUAACUGCUACACCUAUUUGAUAAUAUACCAGUACACUAAAAGCAGUAUGUUACAUUUUUGAUGCCAUAUGUUACAUCAAAUAUAAUUUAAAAACCUGGGACCACUAGCUGCUUUAAUUAUAUUAAUAGUUAAUAAUGCAGACCUGAAUGUCAGUGGUUCUUAUUUAGUGCAAUAUUAUAAUUUCCUUACAAUGUUGAAUUCAUGCGAGUUCAGGAUAUAUACACACACCAAUAUGUAUGCCAUGCCUUUCGAUGACUAUAUACAUCGAGUUUAUUUUUGUCCUGAACCAUGUUCAAGACUAAAGACUAUUUGCAAGUUGGUCAGUAAGGCCUUAAUAACCCUCCAAAGGCUGAUAGAUUUCAUGCCUAAAACUAGCCAAAACAAAUUCAUGUAUGAAGAUCUUAAUCUAUUUUUUUAUGAGUGAAAAUAUUAUCUCAGAAAGUGUCAGUAUUAUACCUCUUGUAGUUUAAAUUAUUCGUGUACAGUACCUCUUUUAUUGAGUAUCAGUUUUGUGGAUAAAAUUAGCUUACUUAAUUUUUAGGCUAGUUGUAGAGGAUGGAUAUUUUAAUUGUCAUUUAUAAGUAUUGGCAAUCACAUUUUGUACUUUUGACGAGGGUUUGUGAUAUUGCCGUCCAAGCUUUAGAUUAAAGUGUUUUAGAGCGAGUUGUUAUUCUUCAUACAUCUUUUGCGUGCGUCGUUUUAUAAUUAAUAAUUUUGUUAUAUCACACAUUACUCCCAUCCUUAUUAGGUACCUUUACUAGUCCAUUGUUAACUAUAUUAUUACGUAUUCAUUGUACUUUCUCAUUUCAUGUUUUGAUUCUAUGCACAAAUAUUUUUCUCAUCUCACCAUUUAUUGUUUGGUCAUUUAUUGUUGAAUCAAUUGUCAGUAAACCCAUUCCUUAUUUCAUAAUUAUAAUUUAUCUACGGAUCUCUUAAUUUAUUUUCAACCCAACCUUGAAGUAUGGAUAGAUGCUCAGUACAUUUCAGUAGAUAUAUUCCUCCGGGAUUGUUGACAUUGUGUUAUAUACGGUACUUCAUUAUCAAUGACAAACCAGCCCGUCCUCUCGAGUGUUCACAACGUCACUAAACUAAUGUACUAAAUUACUCGAACCUAACCGAGGGCCUACGAAUAGAAAACGCGACGUCACGUUAAUUUUUGCGAGUCGCUAUGAUUUUCAGUAAAUCAUUUUUUUGGCCUAAUGGGAUUUAUACGUCAAAAUGAAAUGUAACAUUGGCAGGGACGGGUUGGACAGACAUCAUAUUAGCAUCUCGAUGUUUUUUUGAGCAUGAGAGAUUGUAAUGGUAUUGUUUGGUUCACAUGUAAAUAAUUAGUUUUGUCACCAGCUGCCGAGGACUGUUGAGUUACCAUAUACUGAGAACAAUUAUUGCGUUUGUUACCACGAAGAAAGUUUUGUUAGUCACCAAUUACAUGUAUAUACUAAGGAGUUGUUUUGUUUGUCUCUGUGGUACUGUCCAUACUGUGGGUGAUACAACACUGCCUUCACCGUCGGUGAUAGUCUUUACUGUGGAUACUGCAACCUUCACUGUGGGUGACAGCCUUUACUAUGGGUGAUACAGUACUGCCAUCAAUGUGGGUGAAACAACCUUCACUGUACACAAUGCAGCAUUCAUUGUGGGUAAUACAGCCUUAACUGUGGGAAAUACAACCUUCAAUGUAUGUGAUACAGCCUUCACUGGGUAAUGCAGAUUCACUCUGCGUAAUACAGUCUUCAGUGUGGGUAUUGCAGCCAUCAGCUAGGUAAAUAAUGUAUUAGAGUAGAUGAAAACCUUUUGUGUAAUUUUAAACUUAAUAAUCGACAUUCUUGCAGGCAAGAAAGUUAACUGAUAGCCUUUAUACCCUUUUAUAUUGAAUAGUUGUUAUAUACUUGACAGUUUGUUUUACCCCACUUGAUAAUGUUUGGUCCCCGGAGUGAAUAUGAGCUCCAGAUCAAUAAUAUUUGAGUUUCAUACAAAGUACUGUACUAUUCUUCAGGUAUUGUACUCUAAUGUGUGUAAUGAUUGUCCAAAUUAAAUAUAUUGUACA